UUGAUGGCAUCUACAUAGAGGUUGUGUGAAAUUCGUGCUGUGUUCUUUGUAAUUUUAGUUCAUAGUUCCUUCUAAAUUUAGCUAAAUAACAUUUCCUCUUCUUUUGACAAAGCGCAGUUUUCAGAUGGCGGCUGUCGGUGACCUGUGGGUGUCUUGGUUCAGUUGUUGCGUGCAACAGCCGCAAAAACGAAGAAUUCGGAUUGACAGGUCGAUGAUUGGCUCGCCGACUAAUUUCCAGCACACGGGACACAUAGGGAGCAGGGACGUCGAAAUGCCCGGCGAUCAACUCGUAGCGUUACAGAACCAAAUGAAAAGUAAAGGUGGCUACGACACCACCUACAAGGAGUUGAACUGGUGCCAAUGACUUGUUAUUAUUUAUUGUGACAGUGCGAAUGUGUAUUUAUUCAAAGUAUUAGGUCACACGGAUGCGUGUAUAUAUGUGUUGUUUUGUAUAUAGGAAAGGUAGCAUUGAAGUGUAUUCAAAUCCGCAUUUAUCUUACAUACCUACAUUAGGUUUAUAAGUGCACUCGAUUUCAUUCGUCACGUUAUUUGUUAUCAUUCAAGUGGUGCUCUUGUUAUCAGUUUUGUAAACAUGAUAGUUAUAAGCCGUGCCAAAAAUCAUCUAAGUUAAGUAUUUUACUCUUAUUUAAACCAAAAUUUGUUGUGAUUUAUGUUUUAUUGUUAACACAGACCUAGCAAUACAAUGCCUUCAUGUGUAACCUUCUCAUGGAACGAGGUUCCAAGUCGCCUUAACGAAGUGAAAUAUUUUUGCACAUACCUGUUGAAGCACAAGUAUUAUUCUUGAUAAUUACUGUUACUGUACUUACUAGUGUAAAUUUGUAUCGUAUGAAUAAAGUAGUUCAAUGACAAGCGUUGAAA